AUGGCUUCUCUUCUCUCUCCCGCCACCGCCGGUGCAUUUCAUUCGACUCGCAAAUGCUUCACCGCCGGUUUCUCAUCCCAAAGCAAGAGCCUUUUGCUCCUCAGCCGCCGGAGAUGCCGUUUUUCUCCGGAGGACAUUCCUGUGGAGUUUGUGGGGCAAUCUCUCUCUCAUCUCCCUGCUCUCGACGAAUUCCAGAAAUCCGUUGGGAGAUUCUCGGAUACUCAAAAAUGGGAAUUCUUUGUGUCCGCCGGACUUGUCUGGUUCUACCUGACGGCGAGGCCUGGUGUUCUCAUCGGCGCCAUUGACGCCUACCUUCUCGCUCCUCUCCAGCUUGGCCUCGACACUCUGAUUGGGACAAGGAGGUUGAAGACAUCCGAUUUCUUGGUCACUGAGAAACUCGGCGAAGGCUCUUUCGGUGUGGUCUACUCCGGCGUCCUUCUUCCCAAGAAUUCUAGUAUUGAUGAGCCUCCUCGGCUUAGCAAAGCCAGAGCUAAAGCUUUAGACUUUACCGGCGACUUCAAGCAGAGAGUCAUUCUCAAGAAGGUGAAGGUGGAAGUACGAGGGGCGGAGGAAUUCGGCGAGUACGAAGAGUGGUUCAACUACAGGCUCUCAAGGGCGGCUCCUGAGACCUGCGCUGAGUUUCUCGGUAGCUUUGUCGCCGACAAGACCAAUACUAUGUUUAAUAAAGGCGGAAAAUGGCUUGUCUGGAGGUUCGAGGGAGACCGUGAUCUCGCUGAUUACAUGAAAGAUCGGAGCUUUCCUUCCAAUCUGGAGUCCAUCAUGUUUGGGCGUGUUCUUCAAGGAGUUGAAUCUGUGAAACGCCGUGCAUUGAUCAUUAAGCAGAUCAUGCGCCAGAUCAUUACAUCUCUCAGGAAAAUCCAUGAUACUGGCAUUGUUCACAGGGACGUCAAGCCUGCCAACUUGGUGGUUACAAAGAAGGGUCAGAUUAAGCUCAUAGACUUUGGUGCAGCUGCUGAUCUCCGCAUCGGCAAGAAUUACAUUCCGGACCGCACAUUGCUAGAUCCUGACUACUGUCCUCCCGAGCUCUAUGUCCUCCCCGAGGAAACGCCUAGCCCUCCUCCCGAGCCAAUAGCCGCUCUGCUUUCCCCGAUUCUGUGGCAGUUGAACAGUCCGGAUCUUUUUGAUAUGUAUUCUGCUGGGAUAGUGCUUCUCCAAAUGGCGGUUCCGACCUUAAGAUCUAGUGCGAGUUUGAAGAAUUUUAAUUUGGAGAUCAAGUCAGUUGAAUAUGACCUCAAAAGAUGGCGGGACAGGACUCGAACAAGGCCAGACUUGAGCAUACUAGAUCUGGACUCGGGUAGAGGGUGGGACCUUGUCACAAAACUCAUAUCUGAGAGAGGUUCUCUGAGACGCGGACGCCUUUCAGCCGCUGCUGCUCUCAGACACCCUUAUUUUUUGUUGGGUGGUGAUCAAGCGGCCGCUGUUCUUUCAAAGCUCAGUUUCAGCAAGUAA